UUUUUACUGUCGCUACGAAAAACUUCUUACAAUGGGCCGAUUUCGAAGACGAUCAGUUUGAUUCGAAAUAAAUUGGACGUAGCCCUAUCCACGUCAUCCCUAUAUCCUACUCGUGAAGAAGUCCGACAGUGGAGUAUGAGUUUUGAAUCGUUGCUGAAUCAUAAAUAUGGCUGCACGUUAUUCCGUGAAUUUCUGAAGAAAGAAUUUUCUGAUGAGAAUGUCGAUUUUUGGCUUGAAUGUGAAGAGUUUAAAAAGAUGAAGGAAGGCAAGAAAGCCACUAUCCAACGGGCUCACGAAAUCUUCAAGGAGUACGUUGCAGCUGCUGCUCCAAAAGAGGUGAAUCUCGAUUCGGACACCCGAGCGGCUACGAAAGCAGCAAUGGAAAGUGGAUGUAAACCGGAUACGUUCAGUCUGGCUCAAAGUCGUAUCGAACAACUGAUGGCAAAAGACUCGUAUCGACGAUUCCUCAAAGAUAGCCUCUACCUCGAUCUUGUCGAUGGUAUUGAGAAUGGCGAGAACACUCCAAAAAUCAACCAUAAGUAA